UAAUAAGGGGGGCGAUUUCACAAAUCCACUCACUUGCAUAGUCCCAGAACCAGAAAGCAGUUAUUUGAUCAGAAAUCGAAACCACAGCAGAAUUAUGCAAUUAUUAUUAUUUAUUAUGCCGAACAACAAAGUGAAUCUUCUUUAAGAGAGCAGCGUAGAGAGAGCGCAGGUUAGAAUAAAGCCGCUCUGCCAUUGGCUGAGCGCAGCAGGAAGUCCAGCCGCCCGUCGCUGUUGCUGUCACGUGCCUCUGACGCAGCGACUUCCCGAAAGUCCAACAGCAACCAAAAGGAAAAAGCGCAACAAUGGUUCCCAGAGUUGAACUCACAACCGCUGCGGCGACCACCGCCUGGCUGGUGCUCCUGUCUCUGGUGCAGCCGGCGGAGGCUUACGAUGCGGGCGACGGGCUGGCCCUGCUGCUGGGCGUCGUGCUGGCCGUGGCGGGUGGCUGCGUCUUCCUCGGCUGGUACGCACGGAGGCGGAACGGACAGCUGUGAGAGGGACUGCCUCAUCGUCGCCAAACGCAUUAUUAUUAUUAUUAUUAUGACCCAUCUAUCUGAUCUAAUGCGCACCUUCUGCCCCUCGGGUUCGUGUGACUGGUGACGAACGUGCCUUAUUGGAAUUAAUCCGUAAAGUACGACGGGAACCACGUGGUCUGUUGCAGGAGGUGGAAGGAGACAACCAGGAAGUCCCAAGAACAGGAUUUGUUGUUGCACUGCUGAGGCUGAAGACCGAACACUAUUGCAUUUUAUAUAUAUAUGAAAAUAGUUUAUAUAUAUAUAUAUAUACACGAAAAGACUGCUGCUGUUACUGUGUGUUGUCACAAAGUCAUAUAACACUGUAUAAUCACUGUGUUUUCCUGUUUAUGUCUGCAGUACAUUGCUGUUGUUUAAAGCACAAUAACACGCGUGGGGUUACAUGUACAGAGUGGAGCUGUUGUACUUUCCACAUGCGACAGUAGAUCUCUGAGAAUAAUAAAUUGAUUAAUCUGCUCUUUAGGUUUUUAUUGUAGGUACAAAUGUUUAACAAGUAUGUAAGCAUCUGUGUAGGGUCUUAGGGCAGUGAGUGAAACAAGAUCCUCUACUUAAGUAAAAAUAACAAUAUGUUAAAAUACUGCAUUACAAGUUAAUUUACUGCAUUAAAAAUUAGACUGAGUAAAAGUACUUGAUAUUUCAAGUACACCCAACAUUUUAGUUGAACUGGCUUAGGGAAAUGAGUUGAAUGAACUACAACUUUAAAUCCUUUGUUACAGUGUACAAAAGGAUUAUCAGCAGAAUAUAUUUUAAGUAUCAAAAGUAAAAGAAAAUGACAGAUUGUUCAUUUAGUCCCCAACCGACGGGGUCAGGCCCCUCUAGGGCUCGCAAGAUUAGUCCGAGGAGCUGUGAGAUGAUAAGGAAUUGUGAAAAAGAAGAUUAAACUAACUUUACGUUCAAUAUUUUUGUGUGAGAAAUGAUUGGACCGCUUUGGGCCUCAAAGACUUAAACAAUAAUAAUUGAAAUGAAACCAUGUGAGAAGUUAAGAGAUGAUGAACUAACGACACAUAGACAUCUGACGUGUGGCAAAGGCUCCACGUAGACGCUUCUGUUAUGGGAUCACGAACCAAAUCGAUUGGAUCCACUUGUUUAUUCUUCAACAGUCUGUUGUAAUUUGUUAUUUCUAGUCUUCAUGUCAAAUCUGAUUUUGCAAAGUAACCUGUGACUUGCUGUCAGAAAAAUGUAGUGUAGGACAAAGUUGAAUAUUGAACUUCUAUAAAUGUAUUAUAUUGCAGCUAAUAUAUAAUGUUUUGGAUUAAACUCAUGUGGAAAACUAAAAUAAUUCUUCAACUUUUUAUGUAUAAUUUAAUUCAUUAUUUGAACUUGGAAUGAUGCACGUGUUGACCGUGUUUACAAAGUUCAUGGCUAUGCACCUCUGUCUGGAUGGCAGCAAAAUGAUUUGAUUUGUAUUAAAAAGAACGAUUCAGCCUCCA